AAUAGUAACUCCCUACCGGAAGUUCAAUAAAGACUCAUUCUUGUAAAGUCUGAGCAAUUUCUGCUCUCAUGUGUAUUUUAAAAACAACCCUUGAAAAUUAUUUGUCAUUGUAAGUGCUUGUUGUAAAUAUUAUCAGAGAAUGCUGCAAUUUUCUUCUCUACUACAAGCAUCAAUGGGAACGGCAGAUAGCAUCGUAGUGGCAUUGACUACUGAGGCUUGGUAAAUUUACAUCAGCUCCACCAAGUGCUAGCAACUUCUUGGAGGUACAGUUGAGAACUGAAUGCUACUUCCCUUGAUGGAAGAGCUGCCCUUCUGUAGAUGCAUGGAAACAACAUGUCCAAUCUACCACAGGUGUUAACCCCAUCUAGCACUUUACACCCUAAGAGGAAUCAAACUUUCAUAUAGGCACCAUGCCAACAACCAGGUUCCAUCCUUAUCAUGGCCAAAAUAUUAAACUUUCAAGUGACAAUAUGGUUGCUUAUAGAGAGACCAGCUUUGCCCAUGCUCUGGUUUUUAGUGAGAAGCCAUUGAUGCCUGGUGAAAUUUUUCUCGUGGAAAUAGAAAAGACGGAACGGGGUUGGAGUGGUCAUUUACGGAUUGGUCUGACACAGUUCAAUCCUAGUGAGCAUUUUGAUCUCCCUCAGUAUGCACUCCCAGAUUUGGCCAGCAUGGGAAAAUCUUGGAUCUCGGCUGUCACCAAGACACACAGUCGCAUUCGCAGCCGGACUGGCUUACAAGAACAGUCUUCUGCUUACCAAUCAGUUUUAGGUUCCACUGAUGUAAUUCGCACACCAAGAGGACCAAUACAUCGUAGCGCAUUGCUGCCAGCUUGCAAAGCAUACAGAGACAGAACAGGGGCAGAACAUCAUGGGUCUGGGCCACGAGAUCAACAUGGUGGAGAUUGUUUUUCACAGAACAGCAUACUGCCAACAGAUGUGGGCAGCCGCAUUGGUAUUAUGUAUAAAGUGACAGAUGAUGUGGCUCGUAUGCAUUUUAUUUUUAAUGGAGAAGACCAGGGGCCUUCGGAAGAAAUAAUACCCUAUCGCAAUGGACCUUUAUUUGCUGUGAUUGAUGUUUAUGGUACCACUAAACAAGUCAGCAUAGUACAGUUGUAUGGAGUAACCUCUCUCCAAAAUGCCUGCAGAGAGCAUAUUCUGCAGUUGAUCAAGAAACAAGACAUCAACCAACUACCACUUCCUAAGAAAAUCAUACAGUUUCUAAAUUAUGAAUUGUAGUAUUUUUGUGCUCAGAAAGUAGUCCAUUUAGGGUAUGAAACUAGUACAGCUGUUACACUAUUUUAAGUUUCAGCAGGACUAGCUUUAAUAGGAUUUGGUGAGUUGCUGUUUUUCUUUUGUGAAUUUAAUGAAAUCAUGAAAUCUUAAGACAAAAGUGCAAAUAGCAUUAGUUUUCUGCACCAAAAUGAAGACUUCGACCACUAUUAACAAGCUUUUUGAUCUGUUUGCGCAUAAAAUUCUAGUCUUAAAGCUUGAAGAAUAUAUAGCUGUUCCUAGCAGAGUUUGUGAACCAGCAUCACUGAAAUUUUAUUUAUAGGAUGUGUGAAUGUUAUCAAAUCAUAGCUAAGAUACGAUGCCAUAUAUUGGAAAGACUAAAUGAAAAUGACUGUUCCCAUGUGACAUUCGUGAACAUUAAAGGAUUUUUGUGUUUGUAAAACCA